CUGAUCUAUGGAUAUCAUUCAAAGUUACACAUAAUGGUCUCAUAAUGUCACAUCAAUUUAAAUUACAUUAUAUUGUUAUCAAAUAUUUUUAUCCAAUUUUAAUUUCUUAUUCAAGUUACCUUUUCUAUUACUGUCUACUUAACAAUAUCACCGCUCUCAAGUACAAUGCACGCAUUAUCCAAAAAGCUAUACUACGAUGUAAUGAAAAGUGGUCAAGAAGAUACAAUCAUAGAAUCGGACUCAGAAAAUGAUUGUUACGAGUACCAGCACAGCCCAAAAUGCAACAAAGAGGUUGGUUGCUUCGUCCGAGCUCACAUGAAGUCAAACGCCAUCCAGACACAGUUGAUUCGUAACUACAAGAAUUUUCGUCAUGAUUCCACGAACACAAAUGAGUUGGAUAAAGAAAUGAAGCUGCUGAAGAGUCCCUUGAGUAGGAUAUUAUCGAUCCACCGCAGCAUCAGCUGUGAGGACCUGUCAAUCAGCCGAGUUCACGGCGUGCAGACGUCAUCGAGUUUAGAACUGACUCCUACCCCAAUAAGAUGCUACAACAAGGGUGUGGAUCUGUACGGAGUCCGGGUUUACAGCAAUAAGUCGGGGCACAGCACCAGACAUGCUGACAAAUGUUCCACCGCCGAGUGCGAACAAUCUGAUAAGUGUGAGGAAACUUGUCACUGUAAAUUCUGUCACGUUCCGCGUAACAGAGGCCUGGCGGCUUGUCGCACCUUCACCUUAGGCACGCUACAGUUCAGACGAUCACAAAGGGAAAAUCGCAAGACUAAAAUGAUUGGAGGAUGUCAUGUACCGGUUCAACGGGUUCGAGUAUAAACAUUAAACAUACCAAGUUCUGGUUUAUUUAAGAACACGUAAAAUACUUGAAAUUCCAUUGAAAAAAAGCACGUCUAGAGCGAGCUCUCAUCGCUUCCCGGCUGCAUAGUUUUUUGGAUAUUAUUUACGAUACCUACGUCAGUACAGAAUGGCCACUUAUCGAGUUAAAACUGUUGUCGAGAGCUGUCAACGGGUGCCACUGUACAACGCGAGAUAAGCUAAAUGCGCCCGGGAUUAUACUUUCAGCUUCGGGAAUAAUAAUAGCUACACAAGGUACGUUGCACAACUCUCACGCCCGGCUGAUUAGCAGACGAUGUUUGGACAAUUUUACUAACCGACAAUUGUGUUUACGGAAUCUCACAAAACUAUACCUUUUUGCAAGAUUUAUGUUAUAAUAUAGAGGUAUAUAUGUAGAUGAUUUGAUUGUUUCAAUA